AGCUUUAUGACUUGCUUGAUUUAUUUUUUGUUGAAAAAAAAAAGGAAGGUAGCAAAUGUACGUUUUCCUCUAAGAACAGACGACUCUUUUUUUUUUUUCAAUAAAAAGGGAAACAUAUUAGAAAUCAGAAUAUUCCAAUCCCAUCCUACAUGGUUUAAUUCUUUCCUUUUUUGAACCCAAUCUAAAUAGUUUAAUGGACGCCUUUUUUUUAAUUGGUAAUAAUGUUAUUUAUCAGUUAAUCAUAAUUAAAUAGUAAUAGUAAUAUUAACACCCAAUGGGCAAAAAAAUUUUUAUUUCAUUUUGUUUGUUUAUAAAAUAAAAACUUGAGCAGUAAUUCAUUUCUGCGCCUGGCAAUUGGCGUCACCCAACAAAGCUUUGUUAGUUAUAUUAGUUACACAUUCUCAUCCCAUCAGCAUCAGUAGCAGAAGAAGAAACCCUAAAAAGCUACUUUCUGGUGAAUCAAUGGCGGGAAGCAGUACGGAUGCUACGGCGAAGCUGAUAAAAGACCUAAUGCUGUACGCAGCAAGCGCAGCAUUAAGCAUGGCGGUAUUAUUUGUCGGGCUUCGGCAUUUAGACCCGAAUCGGGAAGCUUCAAAAAGAGCUCUUCAAUCUCGCAAACAGCUCUCCAAACGAUUAGGUCGCACUCUUAUUCACAUCACUCCUUAUGAGGAUAUAAUUGCUGGGGAUGUUGUGAAUCCAGACCACAUAGAUGUGGAGUUUGAUUCGAUUGGGGGGCUGGAUGGUAUUAAGGAAACAUUGUUUCAGCUCGCCAUUUUACCUCUGCGAAGGCCAGAGUUGUUUUGUCAUGGGAAACUGCUUGGUCCAAUGAAAGGGGUUCUGUUGUAUGGACCACCUGGGACAGGAAAGACAAUGCUUGCUAAAGCGAUUGCCAAAGAAUCUGGUGCCGUGUUCAUAAAUGUCAAGGUUUCUACUCUAAUGAGCAAGUGGUUUGGUGAUGCCCAAAAACUCGUUUCUGCUGUUUUUAGUUUGGCCUACAAGCUCCAGCCAGCUAUAAUAUUCAUUGACGAAGUUGACAGUUUUUUGGGCCAGCGUCGUGCAACAGAGACUGAAAUGCUGACUAGCAUGAAAACUGAGUUCAUGGCCUUAUGGGAUGGUUUUACUACUGAUCAGAAUGCAAGAGUAAUGGUCCUGGCAGCGACCAAUCGACCAAGUGACCUUGAUGAGGCAAUAAUUAGACGCUUUUCUCAGGCAUUUGAGAUUGGAAAACCUUCUCUUAGUGAUAGAUCUAAGAUACUGAAGGUAGUUUUGAAGGGUGAGAGAAUUGAAGAUAACAUUGAUUUUGAUGGACUUGCUGGCAUGUGUGAGGGAUACACUGGUUCAGACAUUCUCGAAGCCUGCAAGCAAGCUGCCUUUAUUCCUCUUAGGGAGUAUUUGCAAGACGAGAAGAAAGGAGGGCAAUCGCAGGCACCAAGGCCAUUGUCACAGUCUGAUUUAGAGAGAGCUGUGGCUGAAUCAAAGAGGACCAAGGUUACUGCUAAGAAACCAACUAUUGUGAGCUUUCGGUUGGAUGAUUGUGAGGAGUUAGACUGAGACUGGCACCGGUUGAUGACACUAGACAUCAGUUGAAGAGAUCAUUCUGCGUUGCCCUUUCUUGAAUAUCAGUGCUCUAACCUGUUUAGGAAUUGAAAGAUAUAUAGGUCACUUAACUUGCAUUGUUUCAAUGUUGUAAAUACCAUGAAAGAUGGAGUCACUGUUACAAGGUUCAUUCCCUCGGUUUAAAAUUCUCUUCCACGAGAGUUUAGCCUAGCGUCUAGCUGCAGUAAAUUCAUCUGGACUUGUCCCAUAGUUUUUGAAGACUUGGUCAUGUAAUGUUUUUGUUGUGGAAGUAUCCAAAUCAUUGCUAUUCCAGAUAAAUUGAACGAUGGAAAAUACUCGAGUGCAGUUUUAUUUCUUCUGAAA